GUCUAGCAAUCUGUAUUUAUGUUUCAUUCGUUGCAAAUCGUUAUAUAUACAUUACAAAUUACCCGGUUGUAAGCCUUUUGUACGAAAUGAAAUACCAAUAGCCAGUGCAAAGAUGAGUGACAUAGAUGAGGUCUUUACCAAGCUGGGGUUCGGCAAGAUGCAGUUCAUAAUUUUAUGCUGCUGCUUUAUGAUGCAGAUUUGGCUGACCAACGAGCAGCUGGGAUUUGGAGUGGUGAUAGCAGGGGCGAGUUGUGAAAUGGAUAUACACGACAGGCGGUUGGCCUGGAUAUUGGCUGCCAAUUUCGCGGCCCAGAUGAUAUCUUGUUUUAUAUGGGGCGAGCUGGCGGAUCUGUACGGCAGACGCAGGGUCAUCUGGAUGGCGUCAAUCGUGUCGAUUAUGUUUUCCCUGAUCUCGGCUAGCAUGCCGGAGUUUUGGAGCUUCCUGGCCGUGCGCACAGUCUGUGGCUUCUUUAUUGUGGCGUCUGUCGUCAGCCUGUCGACCUACUUGAGUGAAUUCACAAAGGUCUCCUUGCGACCCAGGGUGCUGACCAUCAUGGGCUAUGCCCUCGGAAUAAGCAUGAUCUACGUGCCGUCUCUGGCCGGUGCUCUGCUGUCGCUGGAAAUGAAGCCCAGUGGCUGGCGCAUCCUGCUGCUGUGCAACCAGCUGCCCGGAAUCAUCGGAAUAGUCCUUCUCACAUUCCUGCCCGAGAGUCCCAAGUACUAUCUGUCGAUGGACAACCAGGAGAAGGCCAUGAAAGUCAUGGAACGGGUCUGCCGCAUGAACAAGGGCAAGGAUGUUACCCUGAAGAGUCUGGGAGUGGAGUCGCUCACCCAGGCGCGCCUGCGUCCACCAAACGAGGGGCGCGAACUGUGUCACGACACCAAAGUGCUCUUGGUAAAAUAUGGCAAGGUCAUGUGGUUUUUCUUCUUCAUAUUUUUUACCCUUACGGGCCUAGGUUUUGCUCUGCCCAUCUGGAUGAUGCGCAUCAGGGUUCUUACGGCUACGUUUGGUGACAGGAAUCCAAUAUGUGAGCACAUGGACGGAAUUAGUGCACAUCCGAGUGGCGAUAAAAACUGCCACCUGACCUAUGCGCAAAUGAAGGAUCCCUUGAUUCACGGAUGCGUUGUGCUCUGCCUCUUCAUUGUCACCAGUGUGUUCUUGAUUUGGCUGAGUCGUCGGGCGGUAAUCAUAGCCUUUGUUUGCGUUUCCAUUCUCGGAUGCGUGGCCCUCAACUUCAUGGAGCAUCCCACCCUGAUACUGAUCAGUUUCUUUGCCAUAAUCGAUCCGCUCAUUUGCAGCGUGAGGUUGGCCGGAUCCUUGCUCAUUGAUUUUAUACCCACUCAUCUAAGGGGCAAGGCCUUUGCCCUAAUCACUAUGGUAGGUCGGUCCGGGGUUUUGAUAGCCAGUGUGUAUGUGGGAUACACCUUGUCGCACAGCUGCUACGUAACCUUCAAUACCUUUAUUGUAGUGCUCAUAGUCUGUGGCAUGCUUGUAUACUGGCUACCAACCAACUUUCAACACUCGAGCUUUUCAAAUUAGUAUAUUGGUAAAUAAAUUUAUACACGAGCUUCUUUUUCAAAGUCAGAAUUCGUACGUUUUGCUAUAUGAUGUGGAUUUUCACCAGUGGGUUCUUCCCUAUCGAUCCUGUCAAUCGGGCAAUCAAUCAUUCAAUCAAUUGGGCGCACAGCACGCAGUACAAAUUUGAUGUGAACGGAAAAAGGAUUAUGGCGAAAGUUCAAAUAUUUUUGUACACCAGCCGAAAAUGAAAUAAACGUCAAAUAAACUUGGCGACAGCUGCGUUUCUACUAUGGUCUUGAGUGGAUUUUUCCCUGUUGGUGUGUCGGAGCCCAGCGGAUAUGAGUGUGUGCGUAAAAGGCAAAGCGGAAACGGAAGACGAGGCAAUCGCUAAGCGGCUUAAUAAUAGCUGUCGAGCAAGAAAAUCGAAUCGAGUCGAAAGGAAUCGAAAGGAAUCGAAAGGAAUGGAAAGGAAAACGGGAAGCGAAAGGCAAAAAAACAUAUUGGCAAAGACGGGCAGCUUUUUGUUGAACUGGCACUACAAUGGGGACAUCUUGGCAGCAAGGAUCCCCAGCGAGAAUGGAGCCGUCAAUUUGGAAUAC